AUGGACCUGCGCGCGGAGGAGGCCCGCUCGCGCCUGCUGGGCAAGUACGAGGAGCUCCUGCGGGCCAUCUCGGCCGAGCGGGACGAGGCCCUGCGUGCCACGGACCGCGAGCGCGACCGCGGCUUGGCCCAGGCGGCCCGGGGCCUCGCGAGGUGCCAGGAGGCGCUGGGAGGGGUCCGAGCGGCCCUGGCGGCGGUCGCUCGGCUCGAGGGCACGCGGGGGCACGCCGCCUUCCUGCUGAAGUGCACUCAAGAAUGGCAGAGCAUCGCGGAGUUCGUGGCCACGCCCAUGGAUCCCCCGCAGGGCCCGAGCCUCUCGCUGGUGACGGUGGUGCCGCUGGAGCGGCGUCUGGACGAGAUGCUCGCCUCCUGCGGGGCAUCUCGCGCGACUGCUGCAGCUUCCUCCCCUUCGUCGCGACCUUGCGUGGCGGCUGGGCCGCCGAUGGCCUCAGGAGCGGCCUCGCAGCAGCAGCAGCAACAUCGCCCCCCCUCCUCCUCCUCCUCCUCCUUCUCCUCCUCUUCUUCGGCGGUCAGAGAAAAACUCAACCAGCUGAUGCUGAACCCUGGCCCUCCGUCCACGCGCCCGGCAGCGGCUCCACCGCCAUCGUCGCCGCCCGGUCCCCGAGCCCCGAUGCAGCACCAGAGGGCCUUCCCGGCCGCGCCUCCAAUGCCAGGCGAGGCCCCGGCGUCGGACGGGAGGCCGCCCAGAAUGGUUCCCCGCGAGCCGCAGCCGCCGCUGCCGCCUCAGCGGCCCGCAGCGGCGCCCGACGAGGACUACGUGAUUCCGCUGGGGCCCUCCGAGCCGUCGCCGCCGCCGCCGCUGCUGCCCAGAGUCGCGGUCGGGCAGAACCAGAACCGGAACCAGCGACCGCGACUCCCGGUGCCGGCGAAGCCGCAGCCGGAGCAGCCGCAGGGGGUCGCAUCCGGCUUCGAUGUUGCCAAACCCCCCAGCAGGAACGACCUCAUUAUGAACUACGGCUUCUCCCCCACCCUGAACCCCAACUCGGCGUCGCCUCGCCUCCAGCUCUCGCGCGACCUCCGCUCGGCCAAGCGCGUCGCCUACCCGCAGCAGCUGGCGCCCCACGCGGAGCGUUUCGACAGCUGCCCGCAGGUCCUCGCCGCCCAGAGCCAAUUCUCGGGCCGCCGCUACUGGGAGGUCAAGGUGGAGUGGGCCCGGUGGUGCACCGUCGGGGUCGCCUACGGCAGCGCGCCGAGGAAGGGGCCGAGCGACUCCUGCGGCCUCGGAGCGGCCCCCGCCGUCUCGUGGUGCCUGGAGAAGGACCGGGAGGCCUGCGUGGCGCGUCACAACGGCGCCAGGGUGCCCGGCGGCGGGGCGAGGGCCAAUCGGAACCUCAGGACCGUGGGGGUGUUCCUGGACUGGGACGCGGGGAUCCUGGCUUUCUACGACGCCGACUGCAUGGAGCUGCUGCACGCGUUUCAGCACAGCUUCACGGAGCCUCUCUACCCGGCGCUUGGCAUCAACCGUAACGACGACUCGGUGAUGGUGCUCAACCUGGGCUCCUAGAGGGGAGUGAAAGGGGGAAGCGGGCUGCACGCGUUUCAGCACAGAUUCACGGAGCCUCUCUACCCGGCGCUUGGCAUCAACCGUAACGACGACUCGGUGAUGGUGCUCAACCUGGGCUCCUAGAGGGGAGUGAAAGGGGGAGCGGGCUGCACGCGUUUCAGCACAGAUUCACGGAGCCUCUCUACCCGGCGCUGGGCAUCAACCGUAACGACGACUCGCUGAUGGUGCUCAACCUGGGCUCCUAGAGGGGAGUGAAAGGGGGGAGCGGGCUGCACGCGUUUCAGCACAGAUUCACGGAGCCUCUCUACCCGGCGCUUGGCAUCAACCGUAACGACGACUCGGUGAUGGUGCUCAACCUGGGCUCCUAGAGGGGAGUGAAAGGGGGGAGCGGGACGGGGACCAUGGUGGUUUGGUUU